AUGUCGUCCUCAAGACUCGGCCUCUCAGCAUUCAAGCUCCCGCACUUUAGCGCGCAGCACCUGCUCCGCCGCCCAGCGCUCGCACCACCGGCAAUGGCGGUGGGCUCCCAGCAGCACGUCCGCGGCAUGGCCGCAGGUGGCGGCGGCCGCACUAAGGGGAAGAAGGGCGGGAAGGAUGAAGGAGAUCUGCGUGUCCGCAUGAUCCGCUACUCGCUCUACCACCCGCUCACGCCGCGGCCGCUGCGGUUCGGGACCAUGCGCAUGCUGCGGCACUGGGCCAUCCACCGGGCGUGGCAGAUCUACAAGCGCAACAUGCGGCGCGCGCGCGAGGGCGAGCUGGAGCGCCAGUACAACAAGAUCAAGGAGGCGUGCGAGGAGCUGCGCAGGACGGAUCUGAGGCUGUUUAGGAUCGCCGUGUCGAAGAAGGGCGUGGGCGUGCCGCCGAUCGAGAUGAGGAUUCCGACGGAUACGCCGCCGAUGAGGGGGUGGAAUCAUGGCUGGACUAGGGCGGUUUAG